AUGGCCUCCAACGAAGUAGCUCCCAAGACCUGCAAGGUCAUUUUGGCCGACACCAUCGCCAAGCGCCUCCUGGCCGAGGUCCACGACACCCUCGCAAAGGUGCAGGGCAGCGGCAUCUUCAAGCCCACAUUGGUGGCAUUUCUGGCCAACGACGACCCGGCUGCUCUGCAGUAUGCUGAGUGGUCUCAGAAGACCUGCGUCGAGAACGGUUUCGACUUUGACUUGCGCCGGGUCGACAAGGAGCAGCUCGAGGACAAGAUCACCGAGGCCAACGAGGAUGACAAGGUUGAUGGCAUCAUCGUCUACUACCCAAUCUUCCCGGGCAACCCGACCCAUGACAAGUACAUCCAGGAGACCGUCUCCUUGGCAAAGGAUGUCGAGGGCCUCUGCCACAAGCACAUCUUCAACAUGUACCACAACGUCCGCUUCCUAGACCCGCCCCAGAACCUGAGAAAGUCCAUCCUACCCUGUACGCCCCUUGCUGUAGUCAAGAUUCUGGAGCACCUCCAGAUCUACAACCCGAUCCUUGCCUACGGCAACCGCCUCUUCGGUAAGACCAUCACCGUCAUCAACAGAUCCGAGGUCAACGGCCGUCCACUGGCGGCCUUGCUGGCCAACGACGGCGCCACGGUGUACUCGGUCGACAUCACAGGCGUUCAGCUGUUCACCCGCGGUAAGGGCAUCAAGCAGAUCCGCCACCAGGUAGAGGACAAGGAGGGCUGGGGUCUGGAGCAGGUUUUGCCCAUCAGCGAUGUCAUCAUCGGCGGGGUCCCCAGCGAGAAGUACAAGAUCUCGACCGAUCUCAUCCGCGAGGGUGCUGUCUGCAUCAACUUCUCCUCGUUCCGUAACUUCGACGCCCCUACGGUCAAGGAGAAGGCCGCCAUCUAUGUCCCGUCGGUUGGCAAGGUUACCAUUGCGUGCUUAUUGAGAAACUUGGUGCGUCUCAUCGCCAACCGUCCUACGACUAAGGACAAUGGCAACGAGGACGCCUCCACUGCGCAGGCUAGGAGCGAGGCUUUCACCGAGGGUUAA